CACAAAUGUUUGCCGAAAAAAGCCUUAACUACACUAGUGUAAGAACCCUAGUAAAAGGAACAAAGGCAGCCAUAUCCUCGCUUCGAAGUCAAAGAGGGACAUUUUUGCAACAUUUGGAAGAAGAAUUGCCGCGCUUGGCAGAAUAUGGAGUACAGCAGCCUACAGAUGCACAGCUGAAUUCUUUUCGCUUACAAAUUGAGCAACACUAUCUUACAAACGGAGUCCAGCAUUUGGAACAGCGCCUUCCUCAUUCAGGAAUUAUCAGUGCAUUCGAUGUGUUUGCAGGCAAUGACUUUCCAGAUGACCAAGAAUUGAUUAGCACACACGAAGAUAAAGACAUAUCGACGCUGGCCAAGCACUUCAGUCCGAAUAUUAUUAAUUAUAGCGAGUUACUAGUAGAGUGGCCGGCUUUCUGUUAUGCAGUAUGUAUGGCUGAUUCCAGAAACUGCACUGACACGCUAAAGAGACUAAAGCAGUUGAAUGCAACUGAAGUCACAGAACAGUUGAUUACCGUACAAGCUUUGCGUGAACUCUACCCAAAUCUAAGCUCUCUUGCUUGCAUUGGAUUGGUAAUUCCAACAUCUACAGUUGAUUGUGAAAAAGGGUUUUCUACAGUUGGUCGCAUUAAGACACAGAAACGCAACCGUCUAUCCUUUCCUGUGUUGGAGAGACUUCUUUACAUCUAAAUAAAAGGACCAACUUUGUCAGAGGACAACUUUAAUGCAGCCUGUAACAAAUGGGCUAAGUGCUCGCAAUAGAAGAGUUGACGAUUCAAAGUAGCUUGUAUGACACUGACAGUUACAAUGUAGUGUUGCUAACACGUUUUGCGAAAUCUGCAUCUUCAGCUCCGUGUUGGAUUUGUGGGUGUACACAUAACGGCUUAGCCGGGGUCUCUCUCUAUCGACCAUCGCAAUACGUUCACAUCUACCUUUGA